AUGGCAACAGCAGACAAAUCGACUGCCGUCGCGCAGUCGACACCGGUUCCGUCUGUUCAGGAUGCACCAGAAACCAAACCAGUUUCAUGGCGAUAUCGCCUCAAGCGAAUCCUCUGGGAUACAUUUGACUACUCGCCGGAAGAGCGGCGAUUUAUUUUCAAAAUCGACUUUUUCAUCCUGUACGGACCUAUUCUUGAAUCGCUGAUACGUGCUAACGGACGAAGAACAUGGGCCAGCUUCUCGUACUUUUCCAAGAACCUGAACCAGAAUAACCUAUCAAACGCAUAUGUCUCCGGAAUGAAAGAAGAACUCAAUGUCGUCGGAAAUCAGUACCAAACAUUCACCACCAUGUGGACUAUUGGCUACGUGAUUUCCCAGAUCCCCUCGCAGAUGAUAUGCACUCGGGUCCGCCUCUCCCUCUGGUGUCCCUCCUGGGAGUGUCUAUGGGUAAUCGUAACAUUCGCAUCAGCCGCCGUCAAAACACCGCAGCAGCUCUACGCCUGUCGGUUCCUGGUCGGUCUGGCAGAAGGAACAUUCUACCCGGCUGUCCACACAGUUCUAGGCGGGUGGUAUACGAGGCGCGAACUCGCCAAGCGCGCGUGCAUAUUCUUCGGCUCGGCGUUUGUGGGGAGUAUGUUUAGUGGGUAUUUGCAAGCAGCUCUGUACAACGGCAUGAACGGCGUCGGUGGGUUGUCUGGCUGGCGAUGGCUUUUUAUUUUCGAUGGAGUGAUUACUUUUCCUAUGGCUGUUUGGGGAUAUCUUGCGCUGCCAGAUCUACCGAGUAAUACGAGAGUUCCCUGGCUGAAGCCUGAAGAGAAGGAACUUGCCCUGGAGAGAAUGCGUAAGGCUGGAAAGAGCCUCGAGGAGCCGAUUACGUGGAAGGGAACGAAGAGGGUGCUUUCUCGGUGGCACUUUUGGGUUUAUACCACCUAUUAUACAUUCUUCAUCUGCAGCGAAAACAUCGGCAGCUACAUGAAUCUCUGGCUGAAGAGUCUAAACCGGUACUCUGUGCCGCAGAUCAACACAUACCCGACUGUGAUUAACGCCAUAACUAUCCUAACGAGCUUGAUCUACGGCUGGACGAGCGACGGCUUUCAGGUCCGCUCUCCGAUAGUGUUUUUCUCGCUGACGGUGUGCUUCUUCGCGGCGAUGAAUCUGGCGAUUUGGGAUGGAGUGCCGUUUGGGUUGAAGUGGGCGAGUUAUUAUCUUACUGGGUUCGCGCAAGGGUCUGGUCCUGUAUUCCUGACAAUGGUCAACGAGGUCUGUGCAGGAGACAGUCUCGAAAGGAAAAUUAUCCUAGGAUCAACAAACUCCAUAGCGUACGCAUUCAACGCGUGGAUCCCCUUGAUUUCAUACAAUACGAACUACGCCCCAAGGUUCCUGGUUGGGAAUUCGGUGACGGUGGGGUUGAUUGUUUGUGCAGCCUGUACACUGGGGCUCGCUGUGUACCUGCAGCGCAGAGAUGAACAGGGUAGCAUCGAUGUUGAAAGCGAGUCUGAAGAGGGCGCUCAGGUACAGGUGUAA